AUGGCUUCCCAAGUGAUCGAUCUGAUCUCGUCCAGCCCGUCCUUGCCUGCCAGAGAAGCAUCGCCAUUGGCAUCGUCGCCCAUUGCCAUUGGCAGUCCACAGCGAAACAAGCAUGGGCGUUCUCGGUCACGUUCACCGAACCUGUUUGUCACCUCCGACUUGGGCAUUACCGACGACGAAGCUGCCCGGCACGAUGCCAGACUCGCUAAGAGGCCGCGGGUAUCUGUAUCAGAAUCACCGCCUGUCAAUCUUCCUCGGCCGCCACAACCUCCGUUCCUCAGCGCCAUAUCCAACAGGCCAAACAGAGCAGAAUUUGAUCCGAUUGAGUUCACAAGCUCAAUCGACCCGGACACUCCCAAAAUCCAACACCAUGCUAUCAAGUCCUCGACUGCACCGAAUCUUGAUCAGACACACCAGGCGCCUCCACACAUAGGCUUGAGCUCCGACCCUUUUGCAAGCUCUCCUCCUCCUCCGCCAGCGGCUGCUGCCGGAUCGAAGCUAAUAUCCAGCCAAAAUACGACUGCAAACAUCAUAAUCGAUGAUAUCUCUGACCCCUUCGCAAGCUCGCCGCUUCCUCCUCAUCAACCUCAAGCCCCUCUGCCUGAUGGUCACCUGAUGCCAAGCGUUGCUGGAUCACCGGAUCUUUUUGCCAGCUCCCAAGACGACAACCUUCAUCGGCCUGCCAAUGCCUCCACCUCUCGCAGGGCAGUGUCUGUAGAGGUGGUUGACCAAUCUUGGAGGCGGAGACACUGGGAUCCGAUAUCAAGUUCGGCCCCAGAGCAGACCCCACGAGUAUCUCCUCCGAAGAGACCUGUUGCCGAAUCGCGAGAUGCCGGACCGAUCGUUAUCAGCAUUGACUCGGAUUCAGCAGGCACAUCGGACGACGAGUUUCCAGACAUUGCCGAUUUCGGCGUGUCCAGUUUCAGACCACGUCCCCGCUCUCCCAUUCGACGCUCUCGUAGCGAUAUCAUAUCCUCGAGGAGUAGCAGGCCUAAAGCGGCUACAGGUGCGGCUACAGCAAAAACCGCAGAACAACGGGCUCGUGAUAAGGAAGCCCAGGCAGCGGCCAAAGCCGCAGAAAAGGAGAGAAAGCGGCGAGAGAAGGAGCAAUUGAAGGAAGCCAAAGCCUUGGAAAAAGAGCGUGCUACUGCGUUGGCAGAGGUGAACAAGGUCCGCACAGACAAGAAGGUCUCGACUCCGGAAAUGAUUCUCAACAUGCCGUCAGGCAUAACGGAAGGGCUCAAAGCCCAGCUGGAGACACUGCUGGAUGGGCUAAGCGUAGAACACACCACCUGGAACAGCCCUGUUACCAACGCCUUCAAGUGGCAGAGGAAGGUUCGGAGUCGUUUUGACGAAGAGAUGGGCCAUUGGGAGCCUGUGCCGCUACGUAUCAUGCCGGAGAAGCACGUUCUGAUCUUGAUGACGGCCGAUGAGUUUGUCGGCAUGGCCGUUGAGGACACCGUAGACUCCAGCGUGUCUCAAGCAAAGAGGCACUUCCCUGGCCACGAGCUCAUUUACAUCCUCGAGGGUAUGAACCUCUGGCUGAGGAAGAACCGCAAUAUCCGAAACCGCAGAUUUACAUCAGGCGUGCGCGCGCAAGAUCAACCGCCUCCCGAAGCAACGGCAGCAUCAUCUUCAUCGACAACGACAACGACAACUGCUCCUCGUAGACGCCGUAAGAACGCCGCUGCCGAGGAAUACAUUGCCGAAGACAUUGUCGAGGAUGCCAUGCUGCACCUGCAAAUCGAGCACGAUGUUCUCAUCCACCACACCAAUGUGCCCCUAGAAUCAGCACAAUGGAUUGUUGCCUUCACUCAGCACAUAUCGACUAUUCCCUACAAGAAAAUGCGCGACAAGAUGACUUCUGCGGCAGGGUUCUGCAUGGAGAGCGGACAGGUUCGGACGGGCGACGAUGCGCGCGAUACCUACGUCCGGAUGCUGCAGGAGAUUGCACGCGUUACGGCUCCGAUUGCGUAUGGCAUCGUGUCGGAGUUUGACUCGGUGAGCAAGCUUGUUACUGGCCUUGAGCAAGGAGGGCCGUUGACGUUAGAGAGCGUGCGAAAGAGCGUGAACAAGGAUGGCGUGGCGUCGGAGCGGACGGUUGGACAGGCUGUGAGUAGGAGGAUUCACAAGGUGUUUACGGGGAGGGAUGAGACGAGUACGGAUGUGUGA